UCCAGGGGUCCUCGUGAUGUAAACAAGGGUCCUUUCACAAAAUAUGGAGGCGAGCUACACAAUGGUAACCUGAGUGUGGGGGAAAAAAAAACAAACAAAAAAACAGAAAAAGAAAAAUGAAAAUACCUAAAAGAAAACUAUUCCUUCUAAUUAUCUUCGCAUAUGUGGCAUUUUCGCUCUACGCUGCGUACAAUGUCUUCUUCAGCACCAAAGUAAUCUCCCGCGUUCACAGGGUGGUGAAGAAAGAGACAGGAGCACCCUCCGGUGUCAGGGAUGGCGGUGCUGCUCCAUUUCUAGCAGAGGACUGGAAUCCGUGGGAGGACGAACAGGUGGAGUACAACUCUGCUCUGAACAAAAAGAGAGAGGCCUUCAAACAGCGACUGGGUCGAAUUGACAAGAACAAACCCCAAAGAUACAGGGUCCAAAUCUGGGGGAAAGCUGCCAUAGGGCUUUACCUUUGGGAACAUAUUUUAGAGGGACUACUCAACCCUACUGACAAGGUAGCACAAUGGAGAGAGGGAGAGCUGCAGUCAGGAAAGAUUGAUUUCAGUUUCUACACAGGUCCUGCUGUGGUCCAGGGUCAUGUCCCUCUUGAUAUGAAUAGCCUGGUUCUGGUUCUAAAUGGUCGCGAGCAGCAGAAGGUCUCUUACUCCACACGGUGGCUGGAACAUGUCCAAGCUAUGGUACAGUCCCACACAGUGUCACAUGUGGCUGUGGUACUGCUGGGCAAUGAGCACUGCAACAACGACUGGAUCGGCCCAUACUUAAAGAGAAACGGCGGCUUUGUCGAGCUGUUGUUUCUAGUGUACGACAGCCCGUGGGUCAACGACAAGGAUGUGUUCCAGUGGCCUCUUGGUGUCGCCACAUACAGGCAAUUUCCUAUGAUCAGGCCUAAUGCCCAGUUGAUAACCUCAAACAGACCAUACCUCUGCAAUUUUCUAGGAACUGUUUACAAAAAUUCCUCCAGAGAAACUCUCAUGCAGGUGCUGAAACAAUCUGGCCUGGAUCAGGAAUGCAUCACUACUGCCAGGGAGAAGUGGCUCCCUCAGGAGACAGAAGACAGUCUGAGACGCUAUCAGACAGCUUUGGCCCAGAGCGAGCUCACUCUCUGCCCUGUGGGGAUCAACACAGAGUGCUACCGCAUCUACGAGGCCUGCUCUUACGGCUCAGUGCCCGUGGUGGAAGAUGUACUGACACCUGGGACCUGUGCGGCCGGGCCCAGCUCCCCCCUACGUCUGCUCAAAGCUGCUGGAGCGCCCUUCAUCUUCAUCAGUGAUUGGAAAGAACUGCCGGCCAUCUUGGAGAGGGAGAGAGGAAUGAGCCAGGAGCAGAGGGUGGACAGGAGGAGGAGGCUGUUGGAGUGGUACGCCAGCUUCCGUCAGCAGAUGAAGGAGAGGUUUACUGAGGUCAUCGAGGAGACUUUCAUCAAAAACGGCUGACCAUGGUGCUUAAUUAACAAGCAUUUAAAGGAUAAACAGGGGUAGUCAUUCAAUAUUAAUUUAAUUUAUUUUGUGGUUUGUGGAGAAAUGUCACAUACUACUGGUGUAGUGAACCAGAUUAUGGUCAGUGUAAUAUUCCUGUGCAGAUUAUUAUGAAACCUUUUUAUGUAUGUAGUUAAGUGUUAAAGCUGCCAUUAUGAAUUGGUAAAGGGCCCCAUGACAUUACUGUAUAUUUAUCAUCUUAAUGUUUACAAUGGUGGAAUGUCCAGGUGUUUUUAGAAAUGAUAAACUGCCUUUGCAUCCUAAAGUCCUCAUAUUAUUUCAACUGUGUUUUAUAUCUCUGUUUGUAUGCACUCCAUAUUGUGAUUUUGAGGAAACACUAAGCAUUACAUGUAGAACGAGACGAGAUGUUUUAAGCCUUGUUUGAAAAUGGUACAUAGAGAUGUUUUGUAUUGUGAGCAGCCUGAAAAUGGAUGUUGUUUCUGUGGCAUGCGUCGCUUUUCUGAUCAAAACAUUUAUUUUAUUUUUUCUAUUUAUUUCAGUGAUGUGAUGCAUGGCUUGUUUGAGGAAAGUGCAAUAAAAUAAAAAGUGUUAUCCUGAAGAAAAAUCA